CAUAGGAACAUCACAAUCAUUGGAAUCAACUGCACUUUUCACCACAAGUGGAGUACCAGCAACAACCACCACAGAUCAUUCUACAAUAACCACUAAAUUUACUCCAACUUCUCCUACGGACAAUACUGCUACACCAGUAUUUAGUACGACAAUUACUCCACUUCCAGCAAAUACGCAGGAAACAUCUGCCACAGUGAUGUCCUCCACCGUUGAACCACAAUCUACAUCUGAGGUCACUGAGACAACCAUAGGAACACCACAAUCAUCAGGGUCAACUGCACAUUUCACAACGAGUGGACUACCAGCAACCUCUCCUAUGGACAAAACUGAUACACCUGUAUUCAGUACGACAAUUACUCCACUCCCACUAACUACCCGAGAAACAUCUGCUACACUGAUGUCCUCAACAGUGGAACCACAAUCUACAUCUACUGUAACUGGGACAACCAUAGGAACAUCACAAUCAUUGGAAUCAACUGCACUUUUCACCACAAGUGGAGUACCAGCAACAACCACUGCAGAUCAUUCUACAGCAACUACUCAAUUUACUCCAACCUCUACCAAUGACAAUACUGCUACAUCUUUGUUCACUACGACAAUUACUCCACUUCCACUAACUACCCAGGAAACAUCUUCCACAGUGAUGUCCUCAACAGUGGAACCACAAUCUACAUAUAUGGUAACUGGGACAACCAUAGGAACAUCACAAUCAUUGGAAUCAACUGCACCUUUCACCACAAGUGGAGUACCAGCAACAACCACCGCAGAUCAUUCUACAACAACCACUCAGUUUACUCCAACCUUUCCUACGGACCUUACUGCUACACCUGUAUUCAGUACGACAAUUACUCCACUUCCAUUAAAUACGCAGGAAACAUCUGCCACAGUGAUGUCCUCAACGGUGGAACCACAAUCCACAUCUGAGUUAACUGGGACAACCAUAGGAACAUCACAAUCAUUGGAAUCAACUGCACUUUUCACCACAAGUGGAGUACCAGCAACAACCACCACAGAUCAUUCUACAAUAACCACUAAAUUUACUCCAACUUCUCCUACGGACAAUACUGCUACACCAGUAUUUAGUACGACAAUUACUCCACUUCCAGCAAAUACGCAGGAAACAUCUGCCACAGUGAUGUCCUCCACCGUUGAACCACAAUCUACAUCUGAGGUCACUGAGACAACCAUAGGAACACCACAAUCAUCAGGGUCAACUGCACCUUUCACCACGAGUGGACUACCAGCAACCUCUCCUACGGACAAUACUGAUACACCUGUAUCCAGUACGACAAUUACUCCACUCCCACUAACUACCCGAGAAACAUCUGCUACACUGAUGUCCUCAACAGUGGAACCACAAUCUACAUCUACUGUAACUGGGACAACCAUAGGAACACCACAAUUAUCGGAGUCAACUGCACCUUUCACCACAAGUGGAAUACCAGCAACAACCCCCACAGAUCAUUCUACAGCAACCACUCAAUUUACUCCAACCUCUACCAAUGACAAUACUGCUACACCUGUAUUCAGUACGACAAUUACUCCACUUCCAGCAAAUACGCAGGAAACAUCUGCCACAGUGAUGUCCUCAACCGUUGAACCACAAUCUACAUCUGAGAUAACUGAGACAACCAUAGGAACACCACAAUCAUCAGAGUCAACUGCACCUUUCACCACAAGUGGACCACCAGCAACCUCUCCUACAGACAAUACUGAUACACCUGUAUUCAGUACGACAAUUACUCCACUUCCACUAACUACCCAAGAAACAUCUGGCACAGUGAUGUCCUCAACAGUGGAACUACAAUCUACAUCUACAGUAACUGGAACAACCAUAGGAACACCACAUUCAUCAGAGUCAACUGCACCUUUCACCACAAACAGACUACCAGCAACAACCACUGCAGAUCAUUCUACAGCAACUACUCAAUUUACUCCAACCUCUACCAAUGACAAUACUGCUACAUCUUUGUUCACUACGACAAAUACUCCACUUCCACUAACUACUCAGGAAACAUCUGCCACACUGAUGUCCUCAACAGUGGAACCACAAUCUACAUCUACGGUAACUGGGACAACCAUAGGAACAUCACAAUCAUUGGAAUCAACUGAACCUUUUACCACGAGUGGACUACCAGCAACAACCACCACAGAUCAUUCUACAGCAACCACUCAAUUUACUCCAACCUCUACCAAUGACAAUACUCCUACACCUGUAUUCAGUACGACAAUUACUCCACUUCCACUAACUACCCAGGAAACAUCUGCUGCGCUGGUGUCCUCAACGGUGGAACCACAAUCCACAUCGGAGGUAACUGGAACAAGCAUCGGAACACCACAACCAUCAGAGUCAACUGCACCUUUCACCACAAGUGGACUACCAGCAACAACCACCACAAAUCAUUCUACAAUAACCACUAAAUUUACUCCAAUUUCUCCUACGGACAAUACUGCUACACCAGUAUUUAGUACGACAAUUACUCCACUUCCAGUAAAUACGCAGGAAACAUCUGCCACAGUGAUGUCCUCAACGGUUGAACCACAUUCUACAUCUGAGAUAACUGAGACAACCAUAGGAACACCACAAUUAUCGGAGUCAACUGCACCUUUCACCACAAGUGGAAUACCAACAAUAACCACCGCAGAUCAUUCUACAGCAACCACUCAAUUUACUCCAAUCUCUACCAAUGACAAUACUCCUACACCUGUAUUCAGUACGACUAUUACUCCACUUCCAGCAUAUACGCAGGAAACAUCUGCCACAGUGAUGUCCUCAACGGUUGAACCACAAUCUACAUCUGAGAUAACUGAGACAACCAUAGGAACACCACAUUCAUCAGAGUCAACUGCACCUUUCACCACAAGUGGACCGCCAGCAACCUCUCCUGCGGACAAUACUGAUACACCUGUAUUCAGCACGACAAUUACUCCACUUCCACUAACUACCCAAGAAACAUCUGCUACAGUGAUGUCCUCAACAGUGGAACUACAAUCUACAUCUACAGUAACUGGAACAACCAUAGGCACACCACAUUCAUCAGAGUCAACUGCACCUUUCACCACAAACAGACUACCAGCAACAACCACUGCAGAUCAUUCUACAGCAACUACUCAAUUUACUCCAACCUCUACCAAUGACAAUGCUGCUACAUCUUUAUUCACUACGACAAAUAUUCCACUUCCACUAACUACCCAGGAAACAUCUGCCACACUGAUGUCCUCAACAGUGGAACCACAAUCUACAUCUACAGUAACUGGGACAACCAUAGGAACAUCACAAUCAUUGGAAUCAACUGCACCUUUUACCACGAGUGGACUACCAGCAACAACCACCACAGAUCAUUCUACAGCAACCACUCAAUUUACUCCAACCUCUACCAAUGACAAUACUAACAUGCCUGUAUUCAGUACGACAAUUACUCCACUUCCACUAACUACCCAGGAAACAUCUGCUGCGCUGGUGUCCUCAACGGUGGAACCACAAUCCACAUCAGAGGUAACUGGAACAAGCAUCGGAACACCACAAUCAUCAGAGUCAACUGCACCUUUCACCACAAGUGGACUACCAGCAACAACCACAGCAGAUCAUUCUACAGCAACAACUCAAUUUACUCCAACCUCUCCUACGGACAAUACUGCUACAUCAGUAUUUAGUACGACAAUUACUCCACUUCCCAUAAAUACGCAGGAAACAUCUGCCACAGUGAUGUCCUCAACCGUUCAACCACAAUCUACAUCCGAGGUAACUGAGACAACCAUAGGAACACCACAAUCAUCAGGGUCAACUGCACCUUUCACCACAAGUGGACUACCAGCAAUCUCUCCUACGGACAAUACUGAUACACUUGUAUCCAGUACGACAAUUACUCCACUCCCACUAACUACCCAAGAAACAUCUGCUACACCGAUGUCCUCAACAGUGGAACCACAAUCUACAUCUACUGUAACUGGGACAACCAUAGGAACACCACAAUUAUCGGAGUCAACUGCACCUUUCACCACAAGUGGAAUACCAACAAUAACCACUGCAGAUCAUUCUACUGCAACCACUCAAUUUACUCCAAUCUCUACCAAUGACAAUACUCCUACACCUGUAUUCAGUACGACUAUUACUCCACUUCCAGCAUAUACGCAGGAAACACCUGCCACAGUGAUGUCCUCAACCGUUGAACCACAAUCUACAUCUGAGAUAACUGAGACAACCAUAGGAACACCACAUUCAUCAGAGUCAACUGCACCUUUCACCACAAGUGGACCACCAGCAACCUCUCCUACGGACAAUACUGAUACACCUGUAUUCAGCACAACAAUUACUCCACUUCCACAAACUACCCAAGAAACAUCUGGCACAGUGAUGUCCUCAACAGUGGAACUACAAUCUACAUCUACAGUAACUGGAACAACCAUAGGAACACCACAUUCAUCAGAGUCAACUGCACCUUUCACCACAAACAGACUACCAGCAACAACCACUGCAGAUCAUUCUACAGCAACUACUCAAUUUACUCCAACCUCUACCAAUGAAAAUACUGCUACAUCUUUGUUCACUACGACAAUUACUCCACUUCCACUAACUACCCAGGAAACAUCUGCCACACUGAUGUCCUCAACAGUGGAACCACAAUCUACAUCUACGGUAACUGGGACAACCAUAGGAACAUCACAAUCAUUGGAAUCAACUGCACUUUUCACCACAAGUGGAGUACCAGCAACAACCACUGCAGAUCAUUCUACAGCAACUACUCAAUUUACUCCAACCUCUACCAAUGACAAUACUGCUACAUCUUUGUUCACUACGACAAUUACUCCACUUCCACUAACUACCCAGGAAACAUCUUCCACAGUGAUGUCCUCAACAGUGGAACCACAAUCUACAUAUAUGGUAACUGGGACAACCAUAGGAACAUCACAAUCAUUGGAAUCAACUGCACCUUUCACCACAAGUGGAGUACCAGCAACAACCACCGCAGAUCAUUCUACAACAACCACUCAGUUUACUCCAACCUUUCCUACGGACCUUACUGCUACACCUGUAUUCAGUACGACAAUUACUCCACUUCCAUUAAAUACGCAGGAAACAUCUGCCACAGUGAUGUCCUCAACGGUGGAACCACAAUCCACAUCUGAGUUAACUGGGACAACCAUAGGAACAUCACAAUCAUUGGAAUCAACUGCACUUUUCACCACAAGUGGAAUACCAGCAACAACCACCACAGAUCAUUCUACAAUAACCACUAAAUUUACUCCAACUUCUCCUACGGACAAUACUGCUACACCAGUAUUUAGUACGACAAUUACUCCACUUCCAGCAAAUACGCAGGAAACAUCUGCCACAGUGAUGUCCUCCACCGUUGAACCACAAUCUACAUCUGAGGUCACUGAGACAACCAUAGGAACACCACAAUCAUCAGGGUCAACUGCACCUUUCACCACGAGUGGACUACCAGCAACCUCUCCUACGGACAAUACUGAUACACCUGUAUCCAGUACGACAAUUACUCCACCUCCACUAACUACCCGAGAAACAUCUGCUACACUGAUGUCCUCAACAGUGGAACCACAAUCUACAUCUACUGUAACUGGGACAACCAUAGGAACACCACAAUUAUCGGAGUCAACUGCACCUUUCACCACGAGUGGACUACCAGCAACCUCUCCUACGGACAAUACUGAUACACCUGUAUCCAGUACGACAAUUACUCCACUCCCACUAACUACCCGAGAAACAUCUGCUACACUGAUGUCCUCAACAGUGGAACCACAAUCUACAUCUACUGUAACUGGGACAACCAUAGGAACACCACAAUUAUCGGAGUCAACUGCACCUUUCACCACAAGUGGAAUACCAGCAACAACCCCCACAGAUCAUUCUACAGCAACCACUCAAUUUACUCCAACCUCUACCAAUGACAAUACUGCUACACCUGUAUUCAGUACGACAAUUACUCCACUUCCAGCAAAUACGCAGGAAACAUCUGCCACAGUGAUGUCCUCAACCGUUGAACCACAAUCUACAUCUGAGAUAACUGAGACAACCAUAGGAACACCACAAUCAUCAGAGUCAACUGCACCUUUCACCACAAGUGGACCACCAGCAACCUCUCCUACGGACAAUACUGAUACACCUGUAUUCAGUACGACAAUUACUCCACUUCCACUAACUACCCAAGAAACAUCUGGCACAGUGAUGUCCUCAACAGUGGAACUACAAUCUACAUCUACAGUAACUGGAACAACCAUAGGAACACCACAUUCAUCAGAGUCAACUGCACCUUUCACCACAAACAGACUACCAGCAACAACCACUGCAGAUCAUUCUACAGCAACUACUCAAUUUACUCCAACCUCUACCAAUGACAAUACUGCUACAUCUUUGUUCACUACGACAAAUACUCCACUUCCACUAACUACUCAGGAAACAUCUGCCACACUGAUGUCCUCAACAGUGGAACCACAAUCUACAUCUACAGUAACUGGGACAACCAUAGGAACAUCACAAUCAUUGGAAUCAACUGAACCUUUUACCACGAGUGGACUACCAGCAACAACCACCACAGAUCAUUCUACAGCAACCACUCAAUUUACUCCAACCUCUACCAAUGACAAUACUCCUACACCUGUAUUCAGUACGACAAUUACUCCACUUCCACUAACUACCCAGGAAACAUCUGCUGCGCUGGUGUCCUCAACGGUGGAACCACAAUCCACAUCGGAGGUAACUGGAACAAGCAUCGGAACACCACAACCAUCAGAGUCAACUGCACCUUUCACCACAAGUGGACUACCAGCAACAACCACCACAAAUCAUUCUACAAUAACCACUAAAUUUACUCCAAUUUCUCCUACGGACAAUACUGCUACACCAGUAUUUAGUACGACAAUUACUCCACUUCCAGUAAAUACGCAGGAAACAUCUGCCACAGUGAUGUCCUCAACGGUUGAACCACAAUCUACAUCUGAGAUAACUGAGACAACCAUAGGAACACCACAAUUAUCGGAGUCAACUGCACCUUUCACCACAAGUGGAAUACCAACAAUAACCACCGCAGAUCAUUCUACAGCAACUACUCAAUUUACUCCAACCUCUACCAAUGACAAUGCUGCUACAUCUUUAUUCACUACGACAAAUAUUCCACUUCCACUAACUACCCAGGAAACAUCUGCCACACUGAUGUCCUCAACAGUGGAACCACAAUCUACAUCUACAGUAACUGGGACAACCAUAGGAACAUCACAAUCAUUGGAAUCAACUGCACCUUUUACCACGAGUGGACUACCAGCAACAACCACCACAGAUCAUUCUACAGCAACCACUCAAUUUACUCCAACCUCUACCAAUGACAAUACUAACAUGCCUGUAUUCAGUACGACAAUUACUCCACUUCCACUAACUACCCAGGAAACAUCUGCUGCGCUGGUGUCCUCAACGGUGGAACCACAAUCCACAUCAGAGGUAACUGGAACAAGCAUCGGAACACCACAAUUAUCAGAGUCAACUGCACCUUUCACCACAAGUGGACUACCAGCAACAACCACAGCAGAUCAUUCUACAGCAACAACUCAAUUUACUCCAACCUCUCCUACGGACAAUACUGCUACAUCAGUAUUUAGUACGACAAUUACUCCACUUCCCAUAAAUACGCAGGAAACAUCUGCCACAGUGAUGUCCUCAACCGUUCAACCACAAUCUACAUCCGAGGUAACUGAGACAACCAUAGGAACACCACAAUCAUCAGGGUCAACUGCACCUUUCACCACGAGUGGACUACCAGCAAUAACCACCGCAGAUCAUUCUACAGCAACCACUCAAUUUACUCCAAUCUCUACCAAUGACAAUACUCCUACACCUGUAUUCAGUACGACUAUUACUCCACUUCCAGCAUAUACGCAGGAAACAUCUGCCACAGUGAUGUCCUCAACGGUUGAACCACAAUCUACAUCUGAGAUAACUGAGACAACCAUAGGAACACCACAUUCAUCAGAGUCAACUGCACCUUUCACCACAAGUGGACCACCAGCAACCUCUCCUGCGGACAAUACUGAUACACCUGUAUUCAGCACGACAAUUACUCCACUUCCACUAACUACCCAAGAAACAUCUGCUACAGUGAUGUCCUCAACAGUGGAACUACAAUCUACAUCUACAGUAACUGGAACAACCAUAGGCACACCACAUUCAUCAGAGUCAACUGCACCUUUCACCACAAACAGACUACCAGCAACAACCACUGCAGAUCAUUCUACAACAACUACUCAAUUUACUCCAACCUCUACCAAUGACAAUGCUGCUACAUCUUUAUUCACUACGACAAAUAUUCCACUUCCACUAACUACCCAGGAAACAUCUGCCACACUGAUGUCCUCAACAGUGGAACCACAAUCUACAUCUACAGUAACUGGGACAACCAUAGGAACAUCACAAUCAUUGGAAUCAACUGCACCUUUUACCACGAGUGGACUACCAGCAACAACCACCACAGAUCAUUCUACAGCAACCACUCAAUUUACUCCAACCUCUACCAAUGACAAUACUAACAUGCCUGUAUUCAGUACGACAAUUACUCCACUUCCACUAACUACCCAGGAAACAUCUGCUGCGCUGGUGUCCUCAACGGUGGAACCACAAUCCACAUCAGAGGUAACUGGAACAAGCAUCGGAACACCACAAUCAUCAGAGUCAACUGCACCUUUCACCACAAGUGGACUACCAGCAACAACCACAGCAGAUCAUUCUACAGCAACUACUCAAUUUACUCCAACCUCUCCUACGGACAAUACUGCUACAUCAGUAUUUAGUACGACAAUUACUCCACUUCCCAUAAAUACGCAGGAAACAUCUGCCACAGUGAUGUCCUCAACCGUUCAACCACAAUCUACAUCCGAGGUAACUGAGACAACCAUAGGAACACCACAAUCAUCAGGGUCAACUGCACCUUUCACCACGAGUGGAGUACCAGCAAUCUCUCCUACGGACAAUACUGAUACACUUGUAUCCAGUACGACAAUUACUCCACUCCCACUAACUACCCAAGAAACAUCUGCUACACCGAUGUCCUCAACAGUGGAACCACAAUCUACAUCUACUGUAACUGGGACAACCAUAGGAACACCACAAUUAUCGGAGUCAACUGCACCUUUCACCACAAGUGGAAUACCAACAAUAACCACUGCAGAUCAUUCUACUGCAACCACUCAAUUUACUCCAAUCUCUGCCAAUGACAAUACUCCUACACCUGUAUUCAGUACGACUAUUACUCCACUUCCAGCAUAUACGCAGGAAACACCUGCCACAGUGAUGUCCUCAACCGUUGAACCACAAUCUACAUCUGAGAUAACUGAGACAACCAUAGGAACACCACAUUCAUCAGAGUCAACUGCACCUUUCACCACAAGUGGACCACCAGCAACCUCUCCUACGGACAAUACUGAUACACCUGUAUUCAGCACAACAAUUACUCCACUUCCACAAACUACCCAAGAAACAUCUGGCACAGUGAUGUCCUCAACAGUGGAACUACAAUCUACAUCUACAGUAACUGGAACAACCAUAGGAACACCACAUUCAUCAGAGUCAACUGCACCUUUCACCACAAACAGACUACCAGCAACAACCACUGCAGAUCAUUCUACAGCAACUACUCAAUUUACUCCAACCUCUACCAAUGAAAAUACUGCUACAUCUUUGUUCACUACGACAAUUACUCCACUUCCACUAACUACCCAGGAAACAUCUGCCACACUGAUGUCCUCAACAGUGGAACCACAAUCUACAUCUACGGUAACUGGGACAACCAUAGGAACAUCACAAUCAUUGGAAUCAACUGCACUUUUCACCACAAGUGGAGUACCAGCAACAACCACUGCAGAUCAUUCUACAGCAACUACUCAAUUUACUCCAACCUCUACCAAUGACAAUACUGCUACAUCUUUGUUCACUACGACAAUUACUCCACUUCCACUAACUACCCAGGAAACAUCUUCCACAGUGAUGUCCUCAACAGUGGAACCACAAUCUACAUAUAUGGUAACUGGGACAACCAUAGGAACAUCACAAUCAUUGGAAUCAACUGCACCUUUCACCACAAGUGGAGUACCAGCAACAACCACCGCAGAUCAUUCUACAACAACCACUCAGUUUACUCCAACCUUUCCUACGGACCUUACUGCUACACCUGUAUUCAGUACGACAAUUACUCCACUUCCAUUAAAUACGCAGGAAACAUCUGCCACAGUGAUGUCCUCAACGGUGGAACCACAAUCCACAUCUGAGUUAACUGGGACAACCAUAGGAACAUCACAAUCAUUGGAAUCAACUGCACUUUUCACCACAAGUGGAAUACCAGCAACAACCACCACAGAUCAUUCUACAAUAACCACUAAAUUUACUCCAACUUCUCCUACGGACAAUACUGCUACACCAGUAUUUAGUACGACAAUUACUCCACUUCCAGCAAAUACGCAGGAAACAUCUGCCACAGUGAUGUCCUCCACCGUUGAACCACAAUCUACAUCUGAGGUCACUGAGACAACCAUAGGAACACCACAAUCAUCAGGGUCAACUGCACCUUUCACCACGAGUGGACUACCAGCAACCUCUCCUACGGACAAUACUGAUACACCUGUAUCCAGUACGACAAUUACUCCACUCCCACUAACUACCCGAGAAACAUCUGCUACACUGAUGUCCUCAACAGUGGAACCACAAUCUACAUCUACUGUAACUGGGACAACCAUAGGAACACCACAAUUAUCGGAGUCAACUGCACCUUUCACCACGAGUGGACUACCAGCAACCUCUCCUACGGACAAUACUGAUACACCUGUAUCCAGUACGACAAUUACUCCACUCCCACUAACUACCCGAGAAACAUCUGCUACACUGAUGUCCUCAACAGUGGAACCACAAUCUACAUCUACUGUAACUGGGACAACCAUAGAAACACCACAAUUAUCGGAGUCAACUGCACCUUUCACCACAAGUGGAAUACCAGCAACAACCCCCACAGAUCAUUCUACAGCAACCACUCAAUUUACUCCAACCUCUACCAAUGACAAUACUGCUACACCUGUAUUCAGUACGACAAUUACUCCACUUCCAGCAAAUACGCAGGAAACAUCUGCCACAGUGAUGUCCUCAACCGUUGAACCACAAUCUACAUCUGAGAUAACUGAGACAACCAUAGGAACACCACAAUCAUCAGAGUCAACUGCACCUUUCACCACAAGUGGACCACCAGCAACCUCUCCUACGGACAAUACUGAUACACCUGUAUUCAGUACGACAAUUACUCCACUUCCACUAACUACCCAAGAAACAUCUGGCACAGUGAUGUCCUCAACAGUGGAACUACAAUCUACAUCUACAGUAACUGGAACAACCAUAGGAACACCACAUUCAUCAGAGUCAACUGCACCUUUCACCACAAACAGACUACCAGCAACAACCACUGCAGAUCAUUCUACAGCAACUACUCAAUUUACUCCAACCUCUACCAAUGACAAUACUGCUACAUCUUUGUUCACUACGACAAAUACUCCACUUCCACUAACUACUCAGGAAACAUCUGCCACACUGAUGUCCUCAACAGUGGAACCACAAUCUACAUCUACAGUAACUGGGACAACCAUAGGAACAUCACAAUCAUUGGAAUCAACUGAACCUUUUACCACGAGUGGACUACCAGCAACAACCACCACAGAUCAUUCUACAGCAACCACUCAAUUUACUCCAACCUCUACCAAUGACAAUACUCCUACACCUGUAUUCAGUACGACAAUUACUCCACUUCCACUAACUACCCAGGAAACAUCUGCUGCGCUGGUGUCCUCAACGGUGGAACCACAAUCCACAUCGGAGGUAACUGGAACAAGCAUCGGAACACCACAACCAUCAGAGUCAACUGCACCUUUCACCACAAGUGGACUACCAGCAACAACCACCACAAAUCAUUCUACAAUAACCACUAAAUUUACUCCAAUUUCUCCUACGGACAAUACUGCUACACCAGUAUUUAGUACGACAAUUACUCCACUUCCAGUAAAUACGCGGGAAACAUCUGCCACAGUGAUGUCCUCAACGGUUGAACCACAAUCUACAUCUGAGAUAACUGAGACAACCAUAGGAACACCACAAUUAUCGGAGUCAACUGCACCUUUCACCACAAGUGGAAUACCAACAAUAACCACCGCAGAUCAUUCUACAGCAACUACUCAAUUUACUCCAACCUCUACCAAUGACAAUGCUGCUACAUCUUUAUUCACUACGACAAAUAUUCCACUUCCACUAACUACCCAGGAAACAUCUGCCACACUGAUGUCCUCAACAGUGGAACCACAAUCUACAUCUACAGUAACUGGGACAACCAUAGGAACAUCACAAUCAUUGGAAUCAACUGCACCUUUUACCACGAGUGGACUACCAGCAACAACCACCACAGAUCAUUCUACAGCAACCACUCAAUUUACUCCAACCUCUACCAAUGACAAUACUAACAUGCCUGUAUUCAGUACGACAAUUACUCCACUUCCACUAACUACCCAGGAAACAUCUGCUGCGCUGGUGUCCUCAACGGUGGAACCACAAUCCACAUCAGAGGUAACUGGAACAAGCAUCGGAACACCACAAUUAUCAGAGUCAACUGCACCUUUCACCACAAGUGGACUACCAGCAACAACCACAGCAGAUCAUUCUACAGCAACAACUCAAUUUACUCCAACCUCUCCUACGGACAAUACUGCUACAUCAGUAUUUAGUACGACAAUUACUCCACUUCCCAUAAAUACGCAGGAAACAUCUGCCACAGUGAUGUCCUCAACCGUUCAACCACAAUCUACAUCCGAGGUAACUGAGACAACCAUAGGAACACCACAUCAUCAGGGUCAACUGCACCUUUCACCACGAGUGGACUACCAGCAAUAA